UUUUUCAUUCUAUGUGCGUCUAAUACUAAAGACACACUGGUGGUACAAGUACCAUGGUACAAAUACCAUGUAGUACAUACGGUUUGUUGUACCAGCUUCGGGUGACACACUUGUACCAGCUUGGUACUUCUGAUUCGUAUACGGUUGUGUCAAAAAUCAAAAUAAACUACACAAAAUGUCUUCACAAAUUCUGAAAGUGGUUAGUGUAAUCAAUAAAAAUAAUCAACGUAUACAAUUAUUGCAACGUAAAAAGCGGCUGUUGAAAGCAUUAAUGACAAAUUUAAUCCGUAAACAAAGGAAUCUAUGUUUAUUACAAGAAAAUAAAACAGUUGAACGAAGGGUUUGGACUUCCGUUGAAAAUUCAUCGUAUUGGGAAAAUGAUGUGCCCAAUUUCUGCGAAAAAAAGUUCAAAAAUACCUUUCGAGUGAGCAGGUCGACGUUCGAUUUUCUUGUGGAUAAGCUGCAAAAUAUUGCGAAAAUGGAUACGCUUUUGAGACCAGCCAUUCCCUUAGCUAAAAGAAUUGCUAUAGCUCUGUAUGCUCUAGGUUCUUCUGCGGAAUACAGAACCAUAGGUAGUUUAUUUGGUGUAGGUAGAACGACUGUAGGCGAGUUGGUUCUUGUGGUUUCCCAGGAGAUUGUUGUGAAAUUGGGCUCGUGCUUCUUGAAUGCCUAUCCUCCGUCACAUGAAAAAAUCGAAGAAAUUGUGUCUGGAUUCGAGCAAAUGGGUUUCCCUCAAUGCUACGGUGCAGUAGAUGGUUCGCACAUAGAGCAGUCACUGCACCAGAACCAGCGAAUCGUGGACGCUUAG